GGGGACACGGAGCGGGGACACGGAGCGGCCGCGGAGAAACAACUGCCAGCAUUCUCUCGCUGUCACAGCAAAACCACCUUUAUCCCCAACGUCCCAAAGUGCUUUGAUGGAAGGAAGUGAAUGAGUGACGUAACACUGCCCGGAGCUGUGAGACAAAUGGUUCUCUGCACCUUUGGAACGUGCAAGCUUGUGGAUAGAGCAGGCUGAGAUUAGCUGGUAUUACUAAUUGCUAAUCACAGAGGCUGCCGGGGUAAAAUUAGAAAGGGAAUGUGUUGUGGAAUGCCACCGACCCCUGCCGAGCGCUGCUGGAAUGGAGCUUCCCAGGCUCUGGGCAGACUGCAUGCAUGCAUUUUCAUCCAGUAGGAAGUCUUCCAAGCAGUAGGAGCUGAGUUUUCUUCUGACCUUCUGUGGGCAGAAGAAUGCCCGUCCAGAAGAUGGGAGCACAAACGUACGCCUAACGCAGACUGAACCCAAUUGGUAUCUCUUCCUCUGCAGAGAAUCCAAUUACUGGGCUCGGUAAUUUGCUGCCAUUGAAACGGGUUUGUCCCUCUGUGUGUGACUGCAGGCGGUGUCCGUUCGGUGUCACACGUAGGGUAGACAUCCCCCAGGAUGUGACCCCCGAGGAGGGCAGCAGCGCUUUAUGCUGGAUGUGUGAGAAGCAGAAAUCUCUCUGGAUCUGCCGCGCUGCGUCUCCCCGCGCCCAGCCCCGUCCCAGCAGGGACUGCCUGAGCCCGGCCUUGUGAUGCUCCGUGCUGCUGCCUGCAGCUGAUGCUGUGCAUUCAGCAGUGGGAUGGGGAAACUGCAGAGUAAGAUCAGCUUGCACACGGCCACGUACAGGGCUGACGGCUCCCUGGGGAUGCCGGGACGCGGCGGGGCGGUGGAGCUGCACAGCCCUGCGCACAGCGAUGCGGUCACCUGCGUGGCUGCUGUCAGCCCGGAGCUCUGCGUGUCGGGAGGGAAGGAUAAGAGUGUGGCUGUCUGUAACUGGAGGUCCGGAGCUGUGCUGGGGCGCUUCGUCAGCCACGAGCACGAGGUGACCAAGGUCGUCUGCACCCACGAUUCCAACAGAGUCUUCAGCGCAUCCCGGGACAGGAUGGUAAUGAUGUGGGAGCUCCAUGGGACCUCGGGGCCAAUGCAGCGCUUCCCAGGACACGACCUGGUUGUUACUGGACUGGCUGUGAGCCCGGAUGCGUCUCAGCUGUGCACAGGUUCACGAGACAACACGGUUCGCAAAUGGGAUGUGGAGACUGGAGAGUGCCUGUGCAGAGCUGCUCUCUCCAGGAACCUGGUAACACAUCUGUGCUGGGUCCCUGGGGAGCCCUACGUCAUCCAGACGUCAGAGGAUAAAACCAUCAGGAUGUGGGACAGCCGGGAGCUGCAGGUGGCGCACACGUUCGCAGGCAAACGGCACAUCCAGACGAGCUGCGAUGUGAGCGAGGACGGGCGGUACUGCGUCAGCAGCAGCAGCGGCUUUGCUGGGGAGGGCUGCGAAGCAACGCUGUGGGACCUACGGCAGACCAGGAGCCGGGUGUGUGAGUACAGAGGGCAUCUGCAGACCACAGCCUCGUGUGUCUUCCUCCCACGGGGCCCUGCUCUCACCCCCAGCAUUGCCACAUCCUCACAUGACAGCAAAGUGAAGGUCUGGGACCGCGACACCGGAGCCUGCCUGGCCACCGCGUGCCUCGAGGGAGCCGGACCGCUGGCCUCGCUGGCUGCCUGUGACAGCUCCACGCUGCUCUGUGCCAGCUUUCACUCAGGGAUCCACGUGCUGCAGCUGAGGCACUGUGAGGAGCUGGAGGAGGUGGCAGUAUUUUGACUGUAGGAUCCUUCCCAGCACAGAUUGUCCGUGGGGAUCUGAUCCCCAAAUUCUUCCACUGACAGCAGGCACUGGGUGACCUCACGCCUGCAGAGCAGUGAGCUGCAGUGCACAGGGGAUACAUUGCUUACUGGUUGCUUGUGGGUGGUGGGAUGCAGUUAGAGCUGGCUAGAAGAAAAGCUGAACCAGUGUUGCAUUCAGGCCAAAUUCUCACUCCUGAAGAGUGCUGUGGGCUGAAGUCACAAAGCUUCCACACAACCUGACUGUAAAGGGAGCCAGCAGAGGAGAAAUGAGCUAUAAGAAAGCACGUGCCAUCUCUGUGCUGUUUCUCAGGUCUGAGUGUCUCAUCAGAGAACUCCUCUUGCACCAGGAAAGCUGCUUUUACUGUGAAAAGAAGGAACAACCAAGCUGGGACUUCACUGCUGUGAGAAGAAACCAGGGAUCAAUGUCUCUCCCUGGAUCAGAUUUAAAUCAGCAUUGCUGAGCCAGCUCACAGCACAGUGCCUCCAGAGGACUGCAGGGGGUGAACAGUGUACAUUUACCUGCUGUGACGACUGGAUCCCAGUUCUGCAGCAGAUAACUCUGGCCUGUGUGGUCCCAAGCAGCAGCUCUGCAGCAUGCCAGGGCAUCGGGCAGGGAAUGCUCAGCCUCCUCUCCUUGCUCCAGUUCUUCAUCCUGCUGAAUGGGGCUGAGCAAGUGUAAAUGCAGUUCAUUGGUGUCCAACAUUUCAUCCUAAGCCAGCUAGAAGUAUGCUGCUGUGCCAGGUGGGAGCAGGACAGGCACUGGGUAAGAAUCCUCCCACGGUUGGCAGCCUGCUGAGAAACACCCCAGGAGUUUGUCCCUUACGGGCAGGGAGAUUCCUGUCUGUGCAGCUGGCAGCAUGCAGACCCUUCAAAUGAUACCUGAGAAGGGGCUUGAGCACACAUAGCUGGAUAUUUAGGCUUACACAAGAGAACACAGCAAUUAAAUAUGGUUUUUGUGCUA